GGUACGUUCCAAACCGAGCUCGGCGCAAAAGAGCAUAGUUAUGCGUGUAGAAGACUACACAAGUGAAACAUACUCUUAGUAUAGCGGGUCAUUUACACAUUCAGCUUCUUCUUCUUUUGUUUUUUGUUGUUUUGUUUUUUUAAAACAAUGUAGUCGGUUUUAAUGUGUAGAAUGCACACUGGCUUUAAACCCGCUACUGUCCUGGUGCUAUAAAUGCGCUGAGUUAAAGAGAGGAGACCGACAACAGUGGAGAAAGAACUGGAAACUCAACCAGAAAUCGAACAGUCUUUAUGUCUUACUGACAGAACUGAGGAGUAAAAAGGAUUGAAAAGGUGAGGCUCGGUCAGAGAUGAUGCGGAAUCUGGCGGUUGCGCAAAGCCGCAGAGAAGGACACAGGCCGAGCGAAGGGAAGCGCAGGAGGAUGCUUAUUCCCUCCCAGGGUAGAUCCAUGUGGACAGGAGGUGUUCCCUAAUCUUAAAGCCCCUCCCCUUCCCUUACCCAUUCCCCUCCUUGGAUUCUGCCAUUGGUGGUUCUUUUCGCACCUGUCACACCUUCGUCACCAUGACUCUGCCUCCACGAGAAGUCGGUUCAGAUCCACUGGAUCCUUGCGAUUUGGGAAAGGAUCGUCAGUAUGAGGUGGUACCCUCCGUGAUCUGCUCCAUGUGCUGCCUGUUUGGCAUCAUCUACUGCUUCUUUGGCUACCGCUGUUUCAAGGCCGUUCUUUUCCUAACAGGCCUGAUGUUUGGCUCGGUGGUGGUCUUUCUGCUGUGCAACAAGAACCUAGACACACAGCUGAGCGCUGAGGCAAGCGCAGGCAUCGGGCUGGGCAUCGGCACACUGUGCGGUCUGGUCACCAUGUUGGUGCGCAGUGUUGGUCUCUUCAUGGUGGGCCUGUUGCUGGGUCUGUUGGCAGGCAUUGGCACGCUGGUGGGCAUGGAGGAGUUGUCAUCAGCACCACCACGCUCCGUGUGGGUGCCGCUCGGGGUGUUGCUGGGCCUGGGAAUGCUGUUCGCUGUUCUCACGCUGCAGUGGCAGCGCUUCUUCACCACUCUGUCUACAGCAGCGUUCGGAGCAGCCGUCAUCGCUGUGGCAGCCGAUUACUUUGUGGAGCUGUUUGCGUUGGUGCAUUACACCUAUGAGCGGGUGAAGGCCGUACCGUCACGCUCGCAGUGUUGGGUGACGUGGGCCGUGCUUGGAGCCUGGCCUGCCCUCGCCCUGCUGGGAGCGCUCAUCCAGUGGCGGGUGACGGCUGAGGGAUACUCCCACACUAAAGUGAUGAUAAGCCGUCAGCAGCGGCGAGUGCAGCUCAUGCGGAUCAGACAGAAGGAGGAGAGGAGAGAGUGCAGCAGGAAGAAGAGGAGGAAGCAGCAGUCUCAACACCACACACACUCGGGCAAAGUCAUGCACCCAGAACCACCGUACCGUAGGAAACCCCAGCCCGUCCGCCGCUAUGACGGAGAUGUCCUCUCUCCUAGCUACAUCCAGAGUUUCCGAGAGCGGCAAGGGGAAGGGUGUGCGUAUCCUGGUGCCCGUCUCUCUGGCACACACACAGCUGUGGACAUGGACUACGAAUGCGGCUCAACAGUCCCCCUCACCUCUGGUGCUGGACCGAACCUCCGAGUGUGACGACACACACGUGCACAUGGUUACACACUCUGAGACGCUCAUCUCACUGUCCUGCUGCUGUCCCUGACCUGUCUCUGCAUACACAGCUGUAAGCACUGUAUAGACAAUGAGCAGGGGGUGGGGGGAGCUACAGGCAUGAGCAUGUUGCUUAAGGAGUGUAUUCAAGAUAUGCACGCACCUACACACACCCAUACAAACUCCCAUUCACACAUAUGCACACUACUACUGAUGAACACGUGCCUGAGCGGUGGCACAUCAGUCACCCUUAGAAUUACCAGGUGAAAGAAUCUGGAAAAGAAUAAAUCGAGGCCCGGCUCCAUCGCGCUGUUUUUUUUUGUUGUUGUUGUUUUUGUUUUUUUGGUUUGUUUUGUUUAAAAAGCGGCACAUUGGACCCCCAUAAAGAUUCCCUGUCUGUCCUGCAUUAUUGCAAUGAGGGAAUUCUCUCUUGGUGCUGAAUCUUGUAACAUUCUUCUCAUUGUAAAUCUGUGGAUUCUAGCAUUUACAUCUGCACUGUCAUACUUCACAAAUUUGUCAUGAACUGUACCAAAUAGCUGUGCAGGAGGGGGAUUGCCUUGAGGCUCCAGUUGGGAGGCUGUCUCAGGAGAAUCUGCUCCUUGGCCUUGUUUUAACGAGGCUGCAGGGGAAAGAGCCAUAUUACAGCAGACUCUCUGGUGCAGAAUGAGCGCAAUUUCUAAUGGUGACAGAAAAAAACAGGAGGUAAAGUGAUACUCAGGGACGGCUGGAACACUGCGGACUGUCGAAACGGAUGGAACUAUUGGCAGUAGCACCGGCUUGUGGAAGUGAGAGAAAGAAAGUGCUCGUUUUUGUUCUUUUUUUUUUGUUUUGUUUUUUUUGUCUUUAUUUUGGUAGAUGUUGUUUAAAUGGACUUCCACCCAGAGACGUCUGGCAUCAGCGAAUCCCCCGUGAAAUCCUGUCACUCAUUGCUGUGCUUUUGCCGUGCCAUUGUAAAGUGUAGUGAUAAUGCUGAUGCCUUCUACUAACAUCUGUGGUGUCCUCAAGAACAAGAUAGGCGUUCUUCUAAUUUUUGAUAAUCUUUGUGUUUGAAAAGACCAUGCUCUUCCAGGGCAUCUGUUGAUCUUUCUUUCUUUUUUUUUUUUUUGAAAUUAUUAUUCUGUUGUCCUAGCCGUACGUUUCAGUCAAGUCGCUGCACUUCUGUUUUGUACAUAGAAUGCACUAGAAUGCACAUUUAACACAUUUAUUGUUUUACCCGCCUUUACUAUUUAUUUGACUUAUUCGUGAACGGAUUUUUGCAAAUUUUUAAUUAAUAGGGUGCUGAGUCACGAUGUGUUUAUUUAUCUGAUGGCUUAUUUUACAUUCGUGACAUGCGGACAGACCGUUCCCCUCUGACAGCAGAGUUUGGUCACAAAGACCUGAGUGAACAGUUCUCAUCAGGACAUGCACCUUACAAUCCAAUGUUAUUCUUAUUAUUGUAAAGCAUGUAUUUGUAUGGACCUGGAUAUUACGAUAAAGUAUGUGAUUCCAACAUGUGGGUGAUGUGUUUUUAUUGGAUAGUUCUUCAUUUGCAUACCACACAUACAGCACACACACACACACACACAGACAGAAAGAAUAGGAUGGUUGAUGCGCAUUUACUUUAUUCUGAUUUCCUCAUCAUACAUAUCACGGCUAUGAGUUCGCUCUUCAUUCGUCCUCCCUCCUGUCCUCUCUUGCCCUCUUUAUUCACCUACAUAUCAUCCCCUACCUGUGUUUUGACCUUUGUCCUUUCUUCUUCCCACGUCCCUCUCUCAUGGUUUGGCUCUGCGUGAAUGCAGAAGAAUCUUUUGACGUAGAUUCCUUAAGAAAUUGUUGUUUCUUUUUCAAAAGGCAAAAUGUUAAAGAUCUCUUCCACUUUGGAAGCAGUGCUCAUGUUUCAGAUAAGCUGUGUCUAGAGUAA